UCCCGAACCGCCAUGAUCUCUUCCGCCUAAUCCCCGGGCACCCUAAGCUUCCCCCCCCUGAACAACCCCCUUCCCCGAUCUCACCCCCACCCCCCAAACCGACCAUGUCCUCCGCACCGCCCCCUCCGAUCCCCUCCGACCGAUCCUCCCCCGCGGCCGCCGGGGCCCCGAACGGCGGGAGCGGCGGCGACGGCGGAGGAGGCGGAGGCGGCGGCGGGGGCGGGAGCAAGGACGACGACGCGGCGCAGAAGAACGGGACGGUCGUCGUGGUCCCCACACGGAGCGGGAGGCCGGCGCGGGCGUGCGCGAUUAGGGCUGCCUCCAGGCUCCAGGCGGCCGCGCAGCAGCAGCACCAGCAGCACCAGCAGGGGGCGGGGGAGAGGAGGGCCAAGGCCGCGAGGAAGGAGGAGCGCGAGCGGGGCGAGGAGGAGUCGCCCGCGCAAUGCGCCAGCAGCAGGAUUGUCACGCCGCUCGUGGCUGCUCCGGAGACGGGGCAGCUGCCUCGGUGGAGCCUCCGGUCCAUGUGGGAAUUGGCUUCGAUACUUAAUUUCUUGCAUGUUUUUAGGCAUUUGUUGAAUAUCUCGGUGGAGUUCUCUGCGGAAGAGUUUGAAACGGCUUUGCUCUCGCCCAAUGAUACAUUAGGGGAUAUACACAUGCCUCUGUUAAAGGCAAUCCCUCCAAUUACAAGGAUGGCACUUACUCGCGAUACCUGGGUUACUGUCUUGUGCAGAAAGUUGAGAGACUGGUGGCAUUGGGUUGCAGAAGGGGAGUUACCCAUUGUUGCUUCACAUGGGGCUGAGGUUGAACUUUAUAAAUCUCUUGACCCCGGGGUCCGUGUGGUGAUCCUGAAAGCAUUAUGUGACAUACGUGUAGAGCAAGAAGAUAUCCGGAGCUUCAUUGAAAAUUCAAUGAAGCACGGCAUUCAACUUUCAGCUUUCCGUAAGGAGCGAAUUGGAGGAGAUUCAAAUGGAGUCCAUUAUUGGUACGAAGAUGAUCCAAUAAUUGGUCAUCGACUUUACAGGGAGAUAAGGAAAGUUGAGGUUAAAAGAGCGAAGGCAAGGGGUUCCCAGGUCAUCCCCAUUGCAUCAUACCAGUGGGAAACAGUUGCAACCAAUUUGGAUGAAUUUCAAGAUGUAUCUGAGAAGCUUUUCUCCAGUAAAAACAGGACAGAGGUGUCAUUGGGGAAAAAGUUGAAGAUAGACAUGCUUCCCGAGAUUGAAAGAGUUCACAAGAGGAAAGAGAGGCUGCUUAAAAAGCAACACAGAGAAGCUCUUCUGCUUGAUAAUUUCUUGAACAUGGAUGGGCUUGCUCCUGGACGCUCCCUUCGUGAUAGGAAACCUGUCACCUAUACUUUCGAUGAUUAUGACCGAUCUAUCAACGAGGCAAUCAAGAUAACCAAGAAUGGCAAUUCUCAUGUACUUUUCAGGCGUAAGCAGCCUUCACCAGAACCUACCAACCGAAGAGAAGGUGCUUUCAUCAAACCUGAAGCUUCUGCAAAUGGUAAAUGGAGUGAACUCUUGCAUGCCUCUCCGUACACUGGUUUUAGCGCCGUAUCUCCUGGGUCACCUGAUUUUGAUGACAUGGAUGAUGAUCAAAAACCCGAAACCUUGGACCGAAGCUACAGACAAAGACGGAGGCCUCAAAGAUAUUCGGAGAAAGACUAUGUUGAAGCACUAUCGGAUAAUGAGGCAGACUUUGACAGUGAUGAUGAUAUAGUUGGAGAAGCUGUUUAUGACGAGGAGUAUCUCAGGAAACGCAAACAAAGAAGGGUGUCCAGUAGCUCUGAGGGAGAUGAGGAGUAUCGUUGGGAUGAAGAAAAUCCAGAAGAAGAGGAAGAGGAAGAGGAAGAGGAACAUUCCUUGGGUAUGAGUGAUGAGGACAGCGAUGAGCCUCGAAAGACUAAGAAAUUGCCUGGGCGUACACGAAGGGAAACCAAAUUAAGAUCGGUGGUUGAUCUACAGUCAGGUCUGAGACGUAGUAAAAGGGCGACGAGGAAUCGUAUAAAUUAUCGACAGUAUGAGCUCUCAGAAUCUGAAGUGGAGACUGCAAAACCUAACAAGUGGCAUACUAACAAUGAGCAAUCAGAAGCAACCGAGAGUGAGGGGUAUUCAAUGGAAAGUCAAGAUUCAGAAAUGAAUGGUAAUGAGCAGGAACUCAAAGUCGAUCAUCCUGUUGCCAAUCACCCCAAUACAGCAGUAAAAGAAGAUAUUCAGCUGGCUGAGAGAAUUGAGAGCCCAAGCCAAGAGGAAGUUGCUGAUCAGCCAAAAAGACGUUUUCUUGACCUCAAUGAGCUUGCUCCUGGGUCAGGCUUUGAUGAUGGUCCUAACCCUGAAACGAAGGAUGAUGAUGAAGAUGAUAUGUAAAGCUCCCGCAAGGUUAGUAUUACUUUCUGAUGGAAGCUCAUUGUACCAUCUGAGGUGCUAUAAAUUUUGUAUCGAGCCUGCAGAGGAAGUUAAUGAUCAGAUUUUCUCUUAUGGCGUAGCCAAAGCAACUGCCACAGUGAGCAAUUGCUUUGACAGGCAGUGGGAUCACGGUGUAGGGAGCUAUGUAGAUUAGAUAGUCAUUUUUUAGUAUGGCCACUCUCUUAAAAAUCCAUAGGAUGGAUUGGGAUUUGUUGGGAGAUGUUGACUUGGCCCAAUCGAUGUACAAUAACAUCUAACUUAUAUGUGAAAGAUGUCGCUUUGAUGUUUAGGCUUUAA